AUGACACUAGAGAAAUCCAUUACUACCCCAGAGGCCCUCGCCCUCGACCAACCUAUCAUCGAUAAAGCCAAGACGAACGAGCCUUAUUUGCAGGAGACACAAGACCGGUAUGAUGUGGAACGUAAGAAGCGCUUGCGCCCGGAUGGACCAACCCAAUAUGUGGGCUUGAGCGAUGAAUCCACCAACAAUCUUCAUUUGAAUGGAAAUAUCACGGUCGACAACAAUCUGCUCCAGCAGAACAAGGUCCGAAUGCUCAUUGUCGGUGCUGGAUUUGGAGGGCUGCUCUUUGCAGUGCGACUACUCCAGUCAGGGUUUCUUCGUGCGACUGACAUCCUCUUCGUGGACACAGCGGGUGGCUUUGGAGGAACGUGGUGGUGGAACAAGUAUCCCGGCUUGGCCUGCGACGUUGAAAGCUAUAUUUACAUGCCCUUGCUAGAGGAAACGAAGUACAUGCCAUCGCAAAAGUAUGUCGCCGGGCCGGAAUUGAAAGAACAUGCGAAUCGCAUUGCCUGUCAAUGGAAUCUCAGUGAACGGGCGUUGUUCCAGACCACAGUCAAGAAUUUAGCUUGGAAUAGCGAGGAUUGUCAAUGGACAGUCCAUAUCACACCACAUGGCCAACCAACCACUUCGAUACAAUCUGAUUUUGUCAUAUUGGCUACCGGGUUGCUGAAUUCCCCGAAGUUACCAAAAUUGGACGGCCUUGAGACCUACAAGGGGAAGGUUUUCCAUACCUCUCGCUGGGACUAUGGUUAUACUGGAGGAAGUCCGAGCAGCCCAGCCAUGCAUAGACUACACGACAAAACGAUUGGAUUUGUCGGAACUGGUGCAUCUGCUAUUCAAGCGAUCCCGCACCUUGCCCAGUGGGCAAAGAAAGUGGUUGUGUUCCAGCGCACACCCUCUGCUGUAGAUUGGCGUCACAACCACUCCACCGAUCGCACCUGGUGGAUGAAAAUGAUCCAAGAAGGCCCUGGGUGGCAACGAGAGCGCAUGGAAAAUUUCAACGCCUUCCUCUCGAAUGAGAACCCCCUCCCAGAUAUAGACCUUGUCGAUGACGGUUGGAGCAAGAUGCAGUCUUUUAGUGCAUUGAUAGGGAGUCCCUCUGGUCUUGACCAGGACCAUCUGAAGCGGAUGCACCGAUUAGACCUUCGUCGCCAAGAGGCGAUUCGGCAUCGUGUGGAAGCCACAGUGACCGACCAAGCGACUGCUCGGGCCUUGAAGCCGUGGUAUCCCGGGUGGUGCAAACGGCCGUGCUUUAGUGAUAACUUUCUCAAGGCAUUCAACCAGUCUAAUGUCUCCUUGGUAGACACAAAUGGGAAAGGGAUCCGCACCGUGACAAAUCGAGGGAUCUUGGCAAAUGGCCAAGAGUAUGAUUUGGAUGCUAUAGUUUUUGGGACCGGCUACAGUCUUGGAGGUAGUGCCGAUCUGGGGGAUCUGACUGUGACCGGCCGUGACAACCAGAUCCUCCAAGAAAAAAGACAGAAGGGGCUGACUUCACUCCACGGGGUAAUGACUAAUGGGUUCCCCAACCUGUUCUUUUCGGGUCCGUAUCAAACGGGAGCCUCGGCAAAUCAGGUCUAUGUCCUUGAUCAGCUUGCCGUUCAUGUCGCCCACAUCAUCUCCGAAGCCGGUAAGUCGGUCUCGGAAAGAAACCCAAAUCCCACCCGGUUUACCAUUGAGCCUAGUUCCCAUUCGGAAAAUGAAUGGACUUCCAAGGUUUUGAUGAGAACGCGAGCACUGGGAGGUGUUCUAAAUUGCACUCCGUCAUACUUCAAUCGGGAAGGACUCCAAUUUGAAGGACAGGAAGCCUUGCAGGCGGCACAAUUUAGUAUAUGGGGAGAGGGGAUUAAGAGUUAUGUGAAUGAGAUUAAGGAUUGGCGAAACACAGGCGGGUUGGCGGGACUUGAUAUUCAGUCCUGGCAUGACAUGUAG